AUGCUCGGAAUACUCAACACCGCCAACGCCGGCAUGCGUUCCGGAGUCCAAGGAGCGGACCAGGACUGCCGGGAGGAGGAUACCCCACCGGAAGUCGAGGGCGGGUUGCAAAACAUGCAAAAGCAGAAAGGUCAAGUCCAACCCUCGUGUUCCAGGUGCGAGAGGCUGCACAUCUGCUGCGAGUACACCCAUCUCCGGAAGCCCCCCUCGCCACCAUACGAAGAACGUUGCAAGUUCCAAGACCCGUCUCCCAAGCUCGAGCCUGCUACGCCUUGUGCUCCGGUCGCCGGCUCUCCCGGGCUCGACCUCAUGCAGCUGGAGCUGCUGCACACGUACAUCAACUUCACCAGCCUGACCUUCCCUUGGUCGUCGGCUCUCCGGGACUUCUGGAAGAUCACGGUGCCGAGCCUCGCCCUCCAGCAUGAGUACCUGACGAGGGCCGUCUUGUGCAUCCCGGCCCUCCACUUGGCCCAUCUGCGGCCCGAGAGACGCGGCUUCUACGUCUCCCUCGCCCUCGAGAAUCACCGCCUGGCUUCAGAGUCCGUGAGGCUGCUGCUCGAGAACGUCUCGGAGAAGAACGGCGUGCCGCUGUUCCUCUUCUCCGCCCUGGACAUCAUCAUCGCAGACGGCGACGCCAGCUUCCAAGACCUCUUGGUCAUCUUGCAAGGCAUGAGGGGCCUAUUGGAGAUGCUCUGGGACACUCUUGCGGCCAGCGCCCUGGCGCCGCUGCUGAGUUACGGCUCCGGUAGGUUGAUCACGCAGCAGCACUCUUUUCAUCCGGCCGAGACGGACUUCCAUCCGACGUGCAACUCCCUCGACGACUUCCAGGCGCGUAUAAACACGCAGGGCAUGGACCCGGACACCCUCAUGGCGUACAACAGAGCUAUCGAGGCUCUCUGGGGCGUGAUCGACUGGCGGCGGCAGCACUGGGAGGAGGCGGACGCGCUGAUAUGGGUGUACCGGUGCCUGGUCGACUUCAUCCCCUUGCUGAGCCUGCAGAAGCAGGAAGCGCUGGUCUUGCUCGCCCACUUCGCCGUGGUUCUCAAGACCUGCGAGACCCGUUGGUGGAUGCAGGGCUGGGCGAUCCGGAUCAUAUCCAACGCAUACCAGCAGCUGGACGACGAGCACAAGAUCUGGGUUUAUCGUCCAGCGAUGGACAUAGGCUGGGUAGUACCAAUGCAAUAG